AUGCUGAACGGAGAAGACCAUGGCGAACAAUUCAGCCUGUGGAUUAAUUUUCAGAUUAGGUCUCACUCUUUCCUUGAUAGCAGAUUUAGCAGUCUCGAUGUUGGCAGCAUCAUACGGCUUUUGGCUCCCGACAUUGGAAUGUUCCUUACCGGCCUCAUAGUCACACGGCUUUGUAAAAGGAUGGUGAGGCACCACAAUCGGAAAGCCCAGCUCAGUUCUGGGAUCCAAAAUCUGUCUGUCUGUGAUGAUGAAAAGGAGGACAAAGCAGAAACGGAAUCUGAAGCAGAAACCGAUGAUUCGGAUGAUGAAGGGGAGGACAGUUUACUGGAAAAGGAGCAUCGAGAGAAAGAUCCUGACUCUGGCCAAUCAAGUUUAUUCCAGAAAAUCACACUUUUCCUAGUAGGCUUGAAGAUCCUCUUCGGAGGGGUGCGAGAUACGGCUAGCAAGGUGGUGGCCACGGUUCUAUUAGGCUUAGCAGGCAUAAUCCUGCCCUCUGUGACGUCUGCGGUUUAUUUCUUCCUCUUCAUGGGCUUGUGCUCGUGGUGGUCUUGCCAUCGUCCAAUCAGCCCCUUCAUCUUCAAUAGCUUGUGUGUGAUGAUUGCAAUAUUCAAUGCGGGCCAUUUAACUGUCCUGUAUCUGUACCAGCUGCCAGUCAUUCAGGGCCAGAUUCCUGCUGAAGACCUGUACGCCAGGCUGUUGGGCAUUGUUCCGCUUAUUAAGGUCAACAUCAGUGUACCCUGGAAGCUUCAAGUUCAUUCUCAACUAAGCUGGCCGAUGGCUUUGAAUCCUUUAAUGCUUCUUGUGCUCUACUAUACAUUGGUCAUGAUGCUCCAGCAAUGGGCGCUGCCUGCAAAGGGAAGCAAGGGAGAAGCUACGCAGCUGCAGUCCGAAGACUACAUUGAGGUGAAGGCAGAUGCAAAAUUCUGGGUGACCACUCAUGAAAGCAUCAAGGUGCCUUACAUUCCAAGUGGAAGCUCUCAAGACAUCCCUCUCUUGCAGCGCCAAAGCAGGAGCAGCAGUUGUAACCUGUAUGCCUACACCAACGCAGGGCACUGCAGUUCCAUGUCAGAGGUUUCAGGAGGCCCUGAAAAUAUGACAGAAACUGAUGAUGAACUUUGCAUUGAAGACAACCAGCCUAGUGCUUGGUCAGCACUGGCACAUUUCCUUAUGAGUCAGAGCUACGUCACUGCUUUGAUCGCCAUGAUGGUUUGGAGCAUCACUCAUACUAGCUGGCUGGCUUUUGUCCUGCUGAUUUGGUCCUGUAUCAUUUGGAUGGUGCGCAACCGUCGCCUCUGCGCUCUGCGGAGCUCCCCCUUCCUGGUUGCCUACGGAAACAUCCUGGUGACCCUCAAUUUCUUUGUGGGGCUGAAUGUUUCACAGAAGGAGCUCUUUCCUGGAGUUCCAACUUCAUUGCUUAUUGAUUUGGAUUUAAAACCUUAUCCGUUGCCCUGCAUCCACCUGGCAGCCAAGAUUUUGUACUUGUUCACCUUUUGGCUCUUGCUGAAGCAGCAUAUGGUGCAAAGGCAGAGGCAGAAGAAAGCGGAAGAAGAAUCACUGCAGGCUGUGACAAUAGAUGAACCUGAAAUGGACAAACAGCGCAACCUGCUUUUGGAUUUCUUCGGUUCUAUGCUAAGGGAGAUUCUUGUAAAAUACUGGAUUUACUUCUGCUCAGUCAUGUUUUUUAUCGUCAGCUUCAACGGCAAAGUAGCUCUGUACAAAAUUCUCUACAUUGUACUUUUCCUGCUUUGGGUGGCUUUGUAUCAGGUUCAUUAUGAGAAGUGGCGGCGAAUCCUGAAGGGCUUUUGGCUAACCAUCGUCUCGUACUCCAUGGUGGUCCUCAUUGCUAUUUAUGCCUACCAGUUUGAAAUGAUUUCUGAGUUUUUCUUAAAGACCUUGAAAAUACCAGAGGAGAGGUUAAAAGAUCUGGGUCUUGAACGAUUCAGCACUAUGGAGCUGUUUGCAAGGAUUCUGCUUCCUGCUGCAUUUCUUCUGGCUUGCAUCCUUCAGUUGCAUUAUUUUCAUGAAGGUUUCCUGAAGAUUAUAGAUCUGAAUAAUAUUGUCAUCAAGCCUAGGCUUGCUGCUGAAAAGCUACAAAGUGGAUCAGGCUCCUCUGAGUAUAUAGCCGUUGAUGACACCACACGAAAGAAUCAGAAUGAGAAAUUAGUGGAAAAGAUAAGUAAAUGGACAGAAGCAGUUGACAGUUUGGAAUCUCACCUCCUGAAGGUCACAGAAGCGAUUUGUGCAAUGCAAGCGUUUGCUUGGCGAUUUCUGGAGCUGCACAUUCUUAAGAUUAUGUCCAUUUGGAUCAUCUGGAUCACUGUUCACAAGGUGUCCUUGAUGAACUACCCUUUCUUUGUCCUCUGGGUGUUUGCACUACCUUAUCCCAAGUUCUGCCCACAUGCCUCCAGGAUCUGCACAUUUUGGUCUUGUGUGAUGGUUGUUUGUAAAAUGAUGUACCAGCUGAAGUAUGUCAAGCCCUACAAAUAUUCUUCAAACUGCACCCAGGUCAGCUUACUUUAUGACAAUAUGGAUGAACUGUUAAAUAAAUCCUUGUUGUACAUUGCGCCAGUGGACCCAGCAUACUGGAUUGGAGGGUUAAUGAAGUGCCACGACAAUGUUCUCCCUUGCCUAAAGGCUCAUCUCACCAUCCUGGUCCUCAUGGCACUUGAAGUAACGGUGCACCGCCACCAGCUUUUCUACCGCAUUGAGAACCAGCUGAUCCCUCCUGCCACAGGGAGCAUGUUUGAUGGCGUCACCCGGCAGAACCUGGACGAUGGGUUGCUCAGCUGUAUCAAAUACUUUAUCAAUUACGGUUUUUAUAAAUUUGGGCUAGAGACAUGCUUUGUGGCUGCCAUCAAUGUGAUUGGGAAGCGUAUGGACCUCUACUCCCUGAUCCAUGCAGGUUGGCUUAUUUACCUGUUGAACCGUCGUAGGAGGAAAGCAAUGGCUGAAGUCUGGUCCAGAUAUUGCUGCUUCCUUGCCAGCAUCUUGGCUUUUCAGUAUCUGCUUUGCAUUGGCCUCCCACCUGCUUUAUGCCAAGAUUAUCCAUGGAGAACUCAUUGGCUGCUGCAUUCAAAUCUGAUUAAAUGGCUGUACCUGCCGGACUUUGCCAAGAAACCUGAUGCUACACUUCUUCUGAAUGACUUCCUCCUCCUUCUCUUUGCCUCCUUCCAAUGGCGGGUGUUUGAGGAUGAGAACAAGCUCACCGUGAGGAUGCUAGCUGGGGAUAAUUUAGAGAUCAGUAGAGUCCUAGACCCAGCUGGGCUCACUGAGUACAGCCCAGUACCAAACUUCGUACGCUGCAGGUCUUACCUGGAUUUAGCGAAAGUGAUUGUGUUCAAAUAUCUCUUCUGGUUUGUCCUGUGCCUGAUUUUUGUGACGGGGACUACGCGGGUCAACAUCUUCUGUGUGGGCUACCUUGCAGCAUGCUUCUACUUCAUGCUCUUUGGAAGAAAUCUUCUGCUGAAGCCAGUCAAACAUAUGCUCCGACUCUGGGAUUAUCUGAUCGCCUAUGCAGCUUUGGUUAUAGCGACCAAGAACCUCUUUGCUAUUGGAUCAUGUGCUUACCUUAGCCAAUUACAAAGAAACAAUUGUUGGUUAAUCCAUACUUUUGGCAUGUUCUGUACCAUACCAGGCUAUGAUAUAGAUCCGUCUGAGAAUGAGACAUGUGACCUUCCUGAGAAAGAAGCAGGCAUCUUCUGGGAUGCAAUAUGCUUUACCUUUCUGCUGAUCCAGCGCAGAGUUUUUAUGAGCUACUAUUACCUCUAUGUUGUAGUCGAUCUCAAGGCUGCUAAGACUUUGGCCUCCAGAGGAGCUGAGCUGUUGGAAGCAAAGAUGAAGAAACAGAUGGCAUGCAAGAUGGAUGACGAUGAGAAAUCAAUGCAAGCCAUGAAGAGACAGAUGGAACUGAUCAAAGCAACUCAGAAAAAGCAUAACAGGAUGAAGAAAACGGAAGUGGAAGCUGUCCAGAAGUCUGAAAAAGAGCAGGGCCCAGAGGAUACUAGCAAGAAGGAGAAUGAAGAGAAGAAGACCUGGUGGCAACCGUGGUUGACUCACACUUCAAUGAUUCGUGGCGGGAGCUACUACCUCUUUGAGUCAGAUAGUGAGGAAGAAGAAGAACAAGGAAGCACUGAGCAGGAUGAGGAGGAAUCUCCUAAGAGGAAAACAGCAUUCCAGCUUGCAUAUGAAGCCUGGAUGACAAGUUCAAAAUCAGCUCUAAGAAUGAGGGCAGAAGAUGAAAUCAGGGACCAACAGAAGAAAAAAGAGGAGGAGAAGCGGCAACAUCCAACAGCAGAUAUUGGAAGUGCCAAUGAAAAAAUGGGGGCCAGUGAAGAAAAUCUGGAGGUGCCAGCUACUGAAAAGGAUGAGUCAGAAAAUAUUGUGCAAAGAGGAAUCAACAUUAUUAAGUUUAUUUGGAUCUUUAACCAAGUGUUGCUGGAUGACAUCACAGAAGCGCUGAAUGCCUUGUGUAAAGACACCCUGGACAUAGCCCGUGUGAUGAGAAUCGAAAAGUGCUUGCUAUGGCGACAGAUGAGCAUGGGAAACAGAACCUCAGCAGAUGGUGUUCUGUGUUAUUACAACCCUGAGAAAAGUCAGCCAGAUUAUGGAGAAAGUAAAACAUUAUUAGAGGAUGACAGACAAAUCAAGCUACCUGAAUGUGCACCUGAGGAGGAGAGUCAGAUAUCACCAGCAUACCUGGACUGCCGGAGACCUAAUGAAGCCACUAAAGAUGCCACUGGAAAUGAAAACAUGGAAGGAGGCAGCCCUGGUGGGACCUGUCCCUCAGAGUUCAAUCCAGCCCUUUCCUGUGCUGACUUUGCUGGAUUUGCUGUGCAGAAUUUGCCUGUAGAGAAAGAAGAACCUCCAGUUUCCCUGCAUGUCAGAAUCACAGAAGCAGGCAGGCCACUGAAUAAAGUUUCUGCUGUGAUGACUGCCAGCGACCUGCUUCUGAAUAGGACUUUUUAUGACAGUGAACUGGAGCGAUCUGACAAAUUCUACCAGGGCCUCCCUCGCCCCCUGAAGCUUGGAGUCACCUUGUACAAUGCCAUGGUGUCCAAAUCAGAAAUGCUGUGUUACUCUGUGAUCAUCCUCAACCACAUGGUCUCUGCUUCUGUCCUCACUUUGAUCCUGCCUGUCCUGAUGUUCUUGUGGGCCAUGGUGUCCAUUCCGAGGCCUACAAAAUUCUUCUGGAUGACAGCGAUUGUUUACACUGAGGUAAAUAUUGUCAUCAAAUACUUCUUCCAGUUUGGGUUCUUUCCUUGGGCCACUAAGGUGUAUUGUGCUAUCAAUGCAGAAGUGCCGUUUGUUUUGCCAAAUAUUGCUGGAAUUGAGAAGAAGGAUGGCUAUGUACACUUUGAUCUGGUGCAGCUACUGGCUUUGUUCUUCCACAGGUAUAACUUGAAGUGUCACGGGCUUUGGGAUUCCACUGACAUCAAGACCUCAGGCUCCAAGAAAAAGAACUCAACAAGGAGACAGAAGAAGAAGGAAAGCAGAGACCAACCAAAAGAGCCUCAGCCUGGAUUAAGAGUUCAGCAGCCUUGUAGACUUCUAGGUUCUCCCAGGAUGAUCUUCAAAAGAAAUGCCAAGAAGAAUAAUGAAGAUGGAUCUCUGAAAGAAGCCAAGAAGAAAUGGAGUCUUUUAAAAACGAGCCCUGCUGUUGUGGAAGGAUCAGCCAAGAAGAACAGAAAGCUGCCACUGCAGAAAGCAAAAAAGCUAGUGAUUAAAAUUGUUCUCAAGGUUUACCGGCCCAUCAGGCAAUUCUUCCAUGAUAUAAUCUACCCAGAGUACAGUGCAGUCUGCGAUGUUUAUGCUCUCAUGUUCCUAGCUGAUGUGAUCAACUUUAUUAUUGUCAUCUUUGGAUACUGGGCUUUUGGUAGACACUCAGCUGCUGCUGACAUAACAGAAUCCCUCUCUGAAGACCAAGUCCCCGAAGCUUUCCUCGUGAUGCUUCUGAUGCAGUUUGCUGCCAUGAUUGUCGACCGGGCAAUCUACCUGAGGAAGAACAUGUUCGGAAAGUGCGUUUUCCACGUGGUCCUUGUCUUUGGCAUCCACUUCUGGAUGUUCUUCAUCUUGCCUGGAGUUACAGGAAGGAGGUUUAACAGGAACCCAGUGGCCCAGCUGUGGUAUUUGGUCAAGUGUGUCUAUUUUGGCUUGUCAGCAUUUCAGAUCAAGUGUGGUUACCCUAAAAGGGUUUUGGGCAACUUUCUGACCAAGAGAUACAACUGCAUAAACCUCUUCUUAUUCCAAGGAUUUCGCCUGAUACCUUUCUUGACAGAGCUAAGGGCGGCCAUGGAUUGGGUUUGGACGGACACAACUCUCAGCCUGUCCAGUUGGAUCUGUGUGGAAGAUAUCUAUGCUAAUAUUUUCAUCAUGAAAUGUUGGAGAGAAUCUGAGAAAAAAUAUCCCCAACCUCUUGGCCAGAAGAAAAAACUGAUUGUGAAGUAUGGGAUGGGGGGUGUCAUUAUCUUUGUGCUGAUCUGUAUUAUAUGGUUCCCGCUACUUCUUAUGUCGCUGUUGAAAUCGGUGGCUGGAGUGACCAACCAGCCUCUGGAUGUGUCCAUUCAAAUCACCAUCAGCGGCUAUGAGUCCUUAUUUACCAUGAGCGCUCAGCAGCAAAAUCUGGUUCCUUUUACUCCUUCAGCAUACAACGACCUCACCACUCAAUACAGCCUGCAUCCCUCCGCUAUGCAAUUUAUAGUGAACUACAGCCCAGAGGAUAUUGUGGUUGCUAAAAUCAAAGGCAAUGCCAGUCUGCUGUGGAGCAUCAGUCCAGCUAGUCGGAAAGCUAUGAUUGCCGAGCUCUCCAAUUCUCCCGCUAUCUAUAUCAACUUUCACUGGAUGCUUUUCAGGAACGUCUCUCUUGUGAAGAACGUUGAAGCAUCCGGCAUACACACCGUGCGCUAUGAAGAGGAAGGAAUACGAAAAGAAAUCGUCCACAUGCUCUGUGGGAACAGGACAGAACCAGUUCUGCUUCCAGGUGUCUUUCCAAAAUACCUGAGGGCUACCAGCGGAACAGAUGCUAAAAUUGCACAUCGGCUGCAAGUGGCCCCUCUCAAGCCAAAGGACAUUGACAAGAUGACCUUCUACAGAGACAUCCUCAUAAAACUUCAGCGGCUGCCUACCAACAGCUCUUCAAGCCAUGUUCCCGAGUGGUGGAUCGUUCAGGAGCAGAGGCCUGGCUGUUCGGGUAAUGAAUGCGGCAAAAAUAUGGAGCUCUAUAUCUUCAACGAUAAGGUCAGCCCUUCCAGCCUGGGAUUCCUGGCGGCACAUGGCAUCGUGGGUCUCUACAUGUCCGUUGUCCUAGUCAUUGGCAAGUUCAUCCGAGAGUUUUUCAAUGGGAUCUCGCGCUCUAUAAUGUUCGAAGAGCUGCCCUGCGUGGAUCGUAUUCUGAAACUCUGCACUGACAUCUUCCUGGUGCGGGAAGCAGGGGAGCUGGAACUGGAAGAGCAACUCUUUGCCAAGCUGAUUUUCCUGUAUCGGUCUCCUGAGACUAUGAUUAAGUGGACCAGAGAACGCAAGCAACAGUGAAAUGAGAUUGUGGGUUGGGGGAGGUCAGCGCAUCAGCAAGAGGAGACUUUUUCGAGAGAAAGCAAUUGUGAUACAUGGAGUAGAGAUUGCAGUUCGAGCAUGCAAGGCAAGCUAGUUCCAUGUACAUUUUGAGUAAUUUCUUUGGUGCCAGGAAUUCCGAGUCUCCUCGAUGGAGAUACUGUAAACCACAUGCGCCAUUGCCUAGCACAAAAUAUAGUAAGAGAAAAUA